GAGAAAAUUUAUUUUUACGGUUUUGGCAGAAAAAUUUAUUUUUUGGUUCUGACGGAAAAAAACGAUUUUACAAAUUUUAUAUAAUUUAAUUAAAGUGGUGAAAAUCUAUAUAUAUAAUUGAAAACUCAUGGGUCAUUAACCUUUUUUAUUUACCCAACGUAAAUAUGAGUUUUAAAAUUAAUUCCUAUGGUUAACUCAAUUAAUCUUAGAUGGGUAAAAACUCAACCUAUUAUUAGUGGGUUUGGGUAAACCCGUGGGUAAUUACCCAUGUUAACAUCCCUAGAACCAACGAAUAGAACAGAGUAUUUAGUGGACUACAACAGCCAAGGCUGGGGCUGAUAAUGCUGUAUUUACAGUCUCUUCUUAACUUGCUUGUUCAACUUUUCAUUAUUUUAUAUCUUUCUCUAAAGUUUUUGAGUUCUCAGACAUGCAUUUUCUGUGUCAGUGUGACGUGUAUGGAUACAAAGAGUUUGAUCAAACAAAGAUGUACUUUGGUUUGACCAUAGUCAAAAUGUUCAUUAUAUGAGUUUUACUCAGUCAGUGUACGAACAUCGAUUCAUAACUAGCUUCCCUGCGGCCUUGAAUGUAUUUUUAUCACAUUAUAUGGGGACUGGGUUUAAACUGUAAAUUUUAGUAGAUGUACAACUCUGUUUUCUUCUCAAAGCUUUUUGACUUCUUUGACUCAAACUUGGUCUAUAUAAGUCCCAUUGUUCUUGACUCAUUUCUCUCAUUACUAUCUCUCUCUCUCUCCAACCCAUUUUAAAAGAAUCUCUCUUACAACAGACCUCUCUCCAUGUCUGGAAGUGAAGAAGAUGAUGUUCUUCCCCGUUUCUUCAAGGUCUUCCUCUCACAAACCGCUUCUGAAUCGAUGGCGAUUCCAAUGUCUUUCAAAGACCUACUGCCACAAACAGCUAAGCUUCUUAUCUUUGAAUGAGCAUCUUGAAGACCCACUGCCACAAACAGCUAAGCUCCAAGAAGAAGAAGAAGAAGAAGAAGAAGAAGAAGAAGAAGAAGAAGAAGAAGAAGAAGAAGAAGAAGAAGAUUCUUCAGUGGUUGCUGAUACGAAUGAGGAAGAAGAAGGUGAUGAUGAUGAUCCUUCAUUCGAUGGUGAUGAAGUCAGCCAGAGUGUUGACAGUGAUGACAUUGUAUCUAAUGCCGAUGGUUGGAUAUUUCAUAGUAGAAGGAACAGGGUUAAAGAGCAUGGUACUGUCCACUGUGAGAUGCUUCACAUCAGGAAGAAAGUUCACUCAAUCAAGAUCACAGUCAAACGUGGUUGAAUCACUCAUAAUCAUCAUCAUCAGUUCAGCACCAUCACCACACCCUUCAUCCAUCACUCAUCUUCAUCACUAUCAUGAGUUCUAUGGCUUUUGUUUGUUUUAUGAGUGUUGUAGUUUCCUUCUCAGGUUUUAUCGUAGUAGUACUUUCCUUAUCCCCAAGAAACCUUGUGACCUUAUUGAUGUUUCAUGUUGUAUUUUCAAUGCAUAUAUGGCUUUUAUGUUAUUUUCUUUGGCAAUGGCUACUUGUAUGAAUAUAUGAAACAUUAGGUGUUCAA